GUUUCAUACUCUUCACCACCAAAACAAAAAACAAAGAAGAAUUUUCUGGAACAAAUUCUUAGACAUGAAGUCUCGCCGUGCUAUCAGCUUGGCUAUUCUUGGAGUAGUACUCUUGUGCAUGAUGAGUACAAUUGAAUCAAGAAACCUUUUAGUCAAAAUCUUGAAUGUGAACCCGGAGGAAAUGACAACGUUUCAAGAAGAAUCAAAACUGGAUGUACGGCCAAUUGACUACAUCAAUCAUGAAGAACCAUUGAUAAAGAAAGAACAUGAAUUAAAUACAGCUCCUUUCGUCAACAAUUACGGGGACUUAAAACAGCAAGAAUCUGAAUCAAAUGUAUUUCGCCUUCCAUUUUACUAUUAUGGGAAUCUAAAACAGCAAGAAUCUAAAUCAAAUGUAUUCCGUCCUCCAUUCUAUAAUUACGGGAAGCUGAAACAGCAAGAAUCUUAUUCAAAUGAAUUCCGUCCUCCAUUCUACCAUUACAAGAAUUUGAAACAACAAGAAUCUAAAUCAAAUGCAUUCCGCCCUCCAUUUUACAAUUACGGGAAGCUGAAUCAGCAAGAAUCUGAAUCAAAUGCAUUCCGUCCUCCAUUCUACAAUUAUGGGAAGCUGAAUCAACAAGAAUCUGAAUCAAAUGCAUUCCGCCCUCCAUUCUACAAUUACGGGAAGCUGAAUCAGCAAGAAUCUGAAUCAAAUGAAUUUCGCCUUCCAUUCUACAAUUACGGGAAGCUGAAACAGCAAGAAUCUGAAUCAAAUGAAGUCCGCCCUCCAUUCUACAAUUAUGGGAAGUUGAAACAGCAAAAAUCUGAUUCAAAUGAAUUCCGUCUUCCAUUCUACAAUUAUGGAAAGCUGAAGCAGCAAGAAUUUGAAUCAAAUGCAUUCCGCCCUCCAUUCUACAAUUACGGGAAGCUGAAUCAGCAAGAAUCUAAAUCAAAUGAAUAUCUCCCUCCAUUCUACACUUACGAGAAGCUGAAGCAACAAGAAUAUGAUUCAAAUGAAUUCCGUCCUCCAUUUUAUAAUUACAGGAAAGUGAUGAAACAACCAGAAUCUGAAUCAAUUGAAUUCCAUGGUCCAUUCUACCAAUAUGGGAAGCCAGACCAACAAAAAUCUGAACUAAAUAAAAUUCCUUUCCAUGACAAUAGUGAACAACCAAAGGAAAUAAAGUCUGAAUCGACUACAUUACCUCAAGCAAGAGAGGAUUUUACUGCAGAAACAUCCAGCGUCACCAAGUUGGGGCAUGCUGAAGCCUAAUUAGUCAAAAUGUACAUUGCACAUGGCUACUGUACUCGACUACUACGUACAUUAGUAAACACGUGGAAUUAUGUUAAAUAAUGUAUCUCCUAUCCAAUAAGCCAUUACCUUGGGAUGUCUUCGUGACGAUCGAGGAAGAAAUAUCAGGUCCAUGUAAUAUAAUGUUUGUUUAUGAUCCUUAUAUCUAUAUUUUAAGCAAA